AUGUUUGCGUUCAUGAUGCAGUCCUCAAUCAAUCGGAUGUCCACAGCUGUGCGACCACAUGAAGUGGCACACCUUGGUGCCCUGUACGCGCGUUCGGCUCGCUUCUACUCCAAGCAUGAUGGCUCGGAUGAGGUAAGCAUUUUGCUUUUUGGAUGCAGGUUGCGCCUGUUUGCUAGUUUGCUGCUGUUGCUGCUCAUUUCUCCUGAAAUUUCCCUAAUCGGAAGUUCAUUUUAUAUGCAAAUUCGUUUUGUUGGAAUGGCUUGUGGCUGA